AUGACCGGUCAUAAGUGCUGGGGAUACGGGCAGAAGGACGGACCCUCUGAGUGGCACACGUUCUAUCCCAUCGCCCAAGGAAACCGUCAAUCCCCAAUUGACAUAGACUCGAAGCAAGCUGUUUUCGACCCCUGUUUGAAGCCCCUCCGGGUUUCGUAUGAAUCGUGCACCUCCCUUGAGCUCUCCAACAAUGGGCAUUCGGUCAUGGUGGACUUCAAGGACGUUGACGACAAGGCAGUGGUAAGUGGAGGCCCACUGGAAGAUCCUUACAGACUAAAACAGUUCCAUUUUCACUGGGGGAAAAGCCGGGGCUGUGGAUCAGAGCACACCAUUGACGGCAAAUCUUUUCCUUGUGAGCUCCACUUAGUUCACUGGAACGCCAGGAAAUAUAGAACUUUUGGAGAGGCGGUGGAGGCUCCAGAUGGCUUAGCAGUGGUCGGUGUUUUCUUAGAGAUUGGAAAAGAACAUCCUGGUAUGAGCAGAUUAACAGAUGCCUUGUACAUGGUCAAAUAUAAAGGAACAAAGGCUCAGUUUACGUGCUUCAGCCCAAGAAGUCUCCUGCCCUCUUGUCUAGAUUACUGGACAUAUCCUGGAUCCUUGACAACACCUCCCCUUAGUGAGAGUGUGACUUGGAUAGUCCUGAAGGACGCCAUUAGGAUAUCUGAAAAACAGAUGGGAAAAUUCCGAACACUCCUCUUUACCACUGAGGAUGAUGAAAGGAUCCACAUGGUGAAUAACUUUCGUCCCCCGCAGCCUCUUAAGGGAAGAGUCGUACGUGCGUCUUUCAAGGUUUAA